GAUCCAGAAGGAGGAGGAGUCACGAGGAAUGGAGGGCGAAAGAUGACAUGGGCGAGGCCGCAGGAGCUGGAGAAGGAACUGGAGGAAACUCGACGGAGCUGGACCUGCUGACCCUGGCCGCCCUGUAUCUGGAGAGCCGGCACAGGGUCUUCGGCAACGAGUGGCACCGCCGCCCUGAGAACAUGUCCAACACCAGGCCGACGGCGCAAAUAGGCAACACAGGCAUCGCUCGACCCCGACGCCUCACGCCCCUCUCCUCAGAACCUUCAGGCGUUGCGAAAGUCGGCGGGGAAAAGAAACGGUACAGCUUCUCAGGCGUGAUCCCUGCGCCCGCCGGCCUGCACCUGUCCGUUAACUACACGCAGAAUCUCGACUUAGACGAGUCGAUGUACAUGGCCGAGCGGGCGAGGGCGCUGCGACCCCGCCUGCGCCGCCUAAAUUCCUAUGGACGACAUGAUGCCCACGCCCUUGUCCACGCCCAACAACCCCCCUCAGCGAGUGACCUCCGCGCCGGACCUCUCGCAGAGCCACAGCGGGCGGCAGUCUUUCGCAGCACAUCUGUUUAAGUCGAGUUCAUCCCCUGAGAGCAUCUCGCCGCCCUUGGUCACACCUGCCAGAGCCAACACGCCCACUGAGGCCAAGCACUCAGCCGCCCUUGUGCGCCCGCAGAUAGUGGGCGGUUCCCUCGCCACUUACUCGGCCG